CUUGAAACAACGGUCUCUUUCCCACCUCCAGUAGAGAGACAAACUGCUAGUGAGGGCAAGACAGCUUCGUGCGAUGCCUCUGAGCAUGCGCCCGUGAGCCAGGCAUGCUCAGUACUAACUAGCAUUGAAUGGUUUCCUGACAAGUGAGGAGUUUGUUUGAGGCAGCGUGAAGGGCAUCAUGCCUCACAAGACAGAACUGUAUCAUGAUAUCCCACCAACAUGCUGGCCCAUUGUGUAUUCUCCAGAUUACAACAUUACAUUUAUGGGCCUGGAGAAACUACAUCCAUUUGAUGCUGGGAAAUGGGGAAAAGUAAUACAUUUCUUGAAAGAAGAAAAACUAAUUGCAGAUGAUGUGAUUGUACGAGCUCGAGAAGCAACUGAACAAGACCUUUUAGUUGUCCAUACAAGACGCUACUUGAAUCGAUUAAAGUGGUCAUUUGCUGUGGCUGCAAUUACAGAAAUUCCACCAGUUCUCUUUUUGCCCAAUUUCCUUGUCCAACGGAAGGUGCUAAGACCACUAAGAACGCAAACAGGAGGAACAAUAAUGGCUGGAAAACUUGCCAUUGAGAGGGGAUGGGCAAUUAAUGUUGGUGGAGGCUUUCAUCACUGUUCUAGUGAUAAAGGUGGAGGAUUUUGUGCAUAUGCUGACAUUACAUUGGCUAUAAAGUUUUUAUUUGAAAGAAUAGAAGGAGUUUCUAAGGCAACUAUUAUAGAUCUGGAUGCACAUCAGGGCAAUGGCCAUGAACGAGACUUCAUGGAAGAUAGCAGAGUAUACAUCAUGGAUGUUUACAACAGAUACAUUUAUCCAGGAGAUGGAUUUGCUAAACGAGCCAUAAAACGUAAAAUUGAAUUGGACUGGGGCACAGAAGACACAGAAUAUCUUCAAAAAGUAAAAACACAUGUGGAAGGUGCAUUGAAUGAAGUGAAAUCAGACAUCAUCAUUUAUAAUGCUGGAACUGAUGUUCUGGAUGGUGACCCAUUGGGAGGCCUGGCUAUUUCACCACAGGGAAUUAUUGAAAGAGAUGAAAUUGUAUUCAGAGCGGCUAGAAAACACAAAAUUCCUAUCUUGAUGGUGACAUCUGGAGGCUAUCAGAAGAGGACAGCUCGAAUAAUUGCAGAUUCUAUUGUCAAUUUGCACAACCUACGGCUUAUUGACAAAGAGCUUGUGCAUGGUGAAGCUGAAAACCUGAAGGUAGAACUGAUGAUUAGAGAAGGCAAGAAAUAACAGCUAACUUGCCAGUGAAUUAAGAGAAUGUGGGAUUAUUGUAUGGUAAUAAAACAGAUCUCUAAUUGUUUAAUAUUUAAACCAAGGGA